GUCUGCUGUUUUCUGUACUUCCUCGUCCGCCAGUCGGACGAGUCACUCGUCGCAACUUUGACCAAAUACCCCUUUUGACUAAAAUCGCAAAAAGACAACUUGAUGCUUGGAAUGAAUUUACUUGUAUUCUUUGUUGCGGCCGUGCAAAUUUACAGCGUGGCACCUGUCAUUCACACGCUCAAUUAUUUCGACACCACCUCUCAAGUUGCAAAGCUACCAGAGCACUUGGCGGUGGCGUAUGUUGACGGCGUUCAGAUUCAGCAGUUUGACAGCAACCACAGGGAAACGAAAGUGAAACAUGACUGGGUGAACAAAAUCACAGAAGAUGAUCCGCACUUCUGGGAGAUAGAGACAGCGAUCAAUAUUCAGAAUGAGCAGAUCAUGAAACGCAACAUUGAAAUCGCUAAAAAGCGCUUCAACCAAACUGGAGGUGUUCACAUGCUUCAGCGCAUAAACGGCUGUGAAUGGGACGAUGAGACUGGGGAGGUUAAUGGUUGGGUGCACUACCGUUACGAUGGAGAAGACUUCCUAUCAUUUGAGGCAAAUACGAUGACAUGGAUCGCAGCACAUCCACAAGCUUUCAUCAGCAAAUUAAAGUGGGACCAAAUCGAGGGGUACAAUGAAGCCCAAAAGAAUUACUACACUGAGGAGUGUCCUUCUGAUUUGAAGAAGCAUGUGAGCAACGGGAGGGACUUCCUGACGAGAACCGAGCUUCCCAAGGUGUCUCUCCUGCAGAAGACGCCUUCCUCUCCGGUCACCUGCCACGCCACGGGUUUCUACCCCAUUACAUCGUCCCUCUUUUGGAGGAAGAACGGCGAGGAGAUCCACGAGGACGUGGAGAUGGGGGAGACCCUCCCCAACCACGACGGAACCUUCCAGACCUCGGUCGACCUGAAAGUGGAGGUGACGCCCGCCGCCGAGCGGGAGUACGAAUGCGUGUUCCAGCUGGCCGGCGUCUCGGAAGACAUCGUCAUCAAGCUGGACGCCGGAAGCAUCCUGACCAACCAGGAAGAGCAAGACUGGAAGAAGGCAGUGGCCAUCCCGUUGGUGGUCCUCGCUCUGGUGGCGGUGGUGGUGGUGGUGAUGUUCAUUGCCAAGCGUCUCAAAAGCAAACAAGCCAAAUACUCUCAAGCUUCUGUUUCCACCGAUUCUGAGACUGUUUCCGGGUGAGAGGCAGCAGCGGUCACCUGGUGUCGGAAUUCUUUCAGAGGACUUUCUCAUCACAACACAGAUGUUUUUUUCUUUUUCAAAUCAACGAUAAUUAUGUUUCUGUUAAAUCAAGUUUUUGGGUGGUUUUGACGACGAUAGCGACAGGCUUCAUUGUUGUUUGAUCGUAUUUCCUAUUUUGAAAUGCCGUUUGAUCCCAGGUCUUCAUCUAAUAAACUAACACGUUUCUCAGAA